AUGGCUAAUAUCCAGGCUGAAAUUGGACAAUUCAAAGGCAGCGGAGAAGAGGGCAAGAAAUCCUUCUACGCCCUGAUUUCCAUUUUCUCCAUUUGUCUGCUAGCUUACAACAGCGCCAGCAUAUUCUGCACGCGGGUCCCUAUCCCGGCCAAAAUCCCGCCGGAGCCAGCCACUUUCGACCCGGAAAUUCUCUCGUCCUCCGCCCGCUACUCGGUCAGGGACGAAGCCCCGGCCGCAAAAUCGGCAGCCCAUCUGCAUAAAAAUCGAAACUUGGUGGUCCCCACGAGCGAAAAACAAAAGGGGCAGAAUGGGUUCGAAGCUAGAGUUGGGGAUUUUUUCGCCGGCGGCUGCAAGCUGCGGUACACCUGCCCGGGAAUGGUACAACCAGUUAAUGCGUGGGAAUGUAAAUCCCGGCGAGGUUUGCUCUGGUUGGGUUUGCUGUACAAAUUUGGUGGGAUAUAUUUAGACACGGAUGUGAUCGUCUUGAAAAGCCUCUUUGGCUUGAAAAACGCAAUUGGGGCUCAAACGGUCUAUCGGGCCACGAAAAUUUGGAGCCGAUUGUAUAAUGCAGUGAUGAUCUUUGAUUGUGGCCACCCUUUUCUGUACAAGUUCAUUCAAGAAUUUGCGCCAACUUUCGAUGGAAAUAAAUGGGGUCACAACGGGCCUUACAUGGUGUCGAGGGUUGUGUCGAGGGUGGCCGGGAGGCCCGACUACAAAUUUACGAUAAUGCCCCCCAUGGCGUUAUACCCGGUUGACUGGAGUAAAAUCAGGAGCCUGUUUGAAGGGCCCAAGGGCUCGAGCCACUCGAAAUGGAUGGUCGCCAAAUUGAGGCAGAUUAUGAGCAAGAGUUUUGGUGUUCAUCUGUGGAAUAAGGAGAGUAGAGGGUUUGAGGUCCAAAAGGGCAGCAUUAUUGAGCACAUGAUGUUGAGCUAUGGGUACAAUUUUUCUGCAGAGGAAAUAGGGGUGCAGAUGCCUGCACUCAGUGUUUAUGAUUCUGAAUUAAACAACUGGAAAGUGAAGGGAGUAGCUCAGGGGAGAGAUGGAUCUAUGGCUUGUUGGUAUAAUUCUAGGAGCUUGUCAGAGCAAAACUCAGUGGAAUAUAUACUGAUGGAGCUUAGAGAUUGGUUAACAAGGGGAGUGGAGCAGGGCUGGGUGCAAGUGAAAAUAUGGUGCAGGGACAAAAUGCUUUACAAGAUCAUUUCAAAUAAAGACAAUGCAUGCUGGGAUGUGGUGAUUUUAGCUGAGGAUAUUAAUCAUGCCCUUGCCUCUGUUUUCGAAAGUAAUGUGAUGUAUUGCUGUUAG